UUCGAUGCCUCUGAUACAGCCCUAUGCAAUUCAUAGUGUUGCCAUAAGUUGCCAGGAGACAGCAUGACAGCAUUUUAGUAUAAAUGUUAUCACUUUUUUUUACCAUAACAGAAUUGGCAUCUCAAAAGAAAUUUGAUGAGAUCAAGAAGGCUAAUCAAGCUGCGGCUAAAAAGCUUGUGGAAGAGCAGUUUAGUUCCUCCUCUGAAGAUGACGAAGAAGAGAUUGAAGGAAAACAUGGAAGAAUAUUGGAAAAAACAUUUACAACUUACACUGUUCAAACCGGUGGAGAUGCAAGCGAAUUGGAGCGCACAAGACAGUACAUGAAUGAUGCUUUCCAGUCUGGGGCGAUGACAUGCUUGAUUUGUAUUGCUUCAAUUAAGAGAAACCAAGCUGUCUGGAGUUGCUAUGGAUGUUUCUGCAUAUUUCACAUGCCUUGCAUUCAGAAGUGGGCAAAGGAUAGUCUUUUCUUAAUAUCCUCUCCUUUGACAGAUGAUGAUUUUGGAAAAAAGGAUUAUCCAUGGCCAUGUCCAAAAUGCAGGUUUGAGUACAAGCGUUCUGAGACUCCCUCUCGAUACUACUGCUACUGUGGAAAGGUGGAAGAUCCACCAUUAGAUCCCUGGCUGGUUCCACAUUCUUGUGGCCAAGUAUGUGAGAGAGAUUUCAAGCCUUCCUGUGGACACAAGUGCCUGUUACUUUGUCACCCAGGUCCUUGUCCACCUUGUCCAAAGAUGGUCACAGUAACCUGUUACUGCAAGAAAGCCAAACCUGUGCCACGGAGAUGCAGCACAAAGGAAUGGUCGUGUCAGCUGCCUUGUGGACGAAGGUUGCCAUGUGGACAACACAACUGUGAAAAACCUUGUCAUCCAGGAAACUGUCAACCCUGCCCAAGAAUCAGCAAGCAAAGGUGUGUCUGUGGUAAACAGGUAGCAGAAAGACUUUGUGCAAGCCCUUUAUGGCAGUGUGAUCAGGUUUGUGGCAAAACAUUGCCUUGCGGCUAUCAUGUCUGUGAAGAGGUUUGUCAUGGUGGCCCUUGUGGAGAAUGUCCUCGCUCCGGCAAAAGGUCUUGUCCGUGUGGAAAAUCCAAAUUUUCUUUGCCGUGUACGGAGGAUGUGCCUACUUGUGGAGACAGUUGUGACAAAGUUCUUGAAUGUGGCAUUCAUAGAUGUUCACAGCGCUGCCACCGAGGCCCCUGUGAAAUCUGUAGGCAGGAAGUUGAGAAGCAGUGCCGCUGUGGAAAGCAUACAAGGCAGAUGCCCUGCCAUAAGCCAUACCUUUGUGAAACAAAAUGUGCAAAAAUUCGUGACUGUCAAAAACACCAGUGCAAGAGGAAGUGCUGCCCUGGAAACUGCCCAGCAUGUGAUCAGGUUUGUGGAAGAACUCUGGGGUGUCGAAAUCACAAGUGUCCUUCAGUCUGCCACAGAGGUAGCUGCUAUCCAUGUCCUGAAACUGUAGAUGUGAAGUGCAAUUGUGGCAAAACUGUUAUCAAAGUACCUUGUGGGAGAGAACGUACCACUAAACCCCCCAGGUGCAAAGAACUAUGCAGGCAGCCACCUACUUGCCAUCACCCUAGCCGGGAGAAACACAGUUGCCACUUUGGACCGUGUCCUCUUUGUCGGCAACCCUGCAAGAAAAUCCUAGAAAAGUGUAGCCACCUAUGCCCUGCUCUUUGUCAUGAUGAAGCACUGGUGAAGCAAACUGGCCUGCAUCAGCCUGCCGGGCCCUGGGAACAGACAGCUGAACCUGCCUUUAUUCAGACAGCGUUACCGUGUCCUCCGUGUCUAGUUCCUGUUCCAAUGCAAUGCCUUGGGAAACAUGAGGUCAGUCCACUGCCAUGCCAUACUGUGGGACCCUACUCUUGUAAAAGAAAUUGUGGAAGAUUGCUUGAUUGUCAGAACCACACUUGCACGAAAGAAUGCCAUAAAGUUACUGAAACAGAUAGUAACAAUGAUGUCCAAAAGGCAGGUCCAGAGUGUUCUCAGUGUGAAGAAGAAUGUUCCAAGCCACGGCCACCUGGAUGCCCUCACUCUUGCCCUUUGCCUUGCCAUCCUGGAGAAUGCCCAUCGUGUGCCCAGAUGAUUCGGAUGAAGUGUCACUGCAAACUAUCAAGUCUUUAUAUUGAAUGCAUAAAAAUCACUUCUGCCAAUCUAAAGGAAAAGGAGGAGCUGAGUUCCUGUAAAAAUCAGUGUCCAAAAGAGCUAUCCUGUGGUCAUCGAUGUAAAGAAAUUUGCCAUCCAAGUGACUGCCCUCAGAAUUGCAACCAAAAAGUCAAGGUCCGCUGUCCUUGCAAAAGGCUCAAAAAGGAAAUGUUGUGUAGCAAGCUUCAAGAAGGCCAGGUUUCAUUAGAAUGUGACGCAGUAUGCCAGGAAGUGAAACAGAAAGCUUCGGAGAUGAAAGAAGCAGAAACCAGAGCUGCCAUUGAAGAGGAAAAACGAAGGCAACAGGCUGAAUUGGAGGCUUUUGAGAACAGGCUCAAAGGCCGCCGGAAGAACAAGAGAAAAAAGGAUGAGGUUGAAGUUGAAAAAUCUGUAUGGCAAAAAUAUAAGAAUAUGAUUGUCCUGCCAAUAUUUGGGGCUGCUGUUGUAAUGGUUGCAUGGUUCGUUGCCUACAAUGACUGAAAUCGUAAUAUUCACUUCAGCAAAUGUGAUUGUAGUAAAAAGUUUGUUGUAUAAAGUAGGAUUUGAUAUACGGUUGUGAAGAAAAACAACCACAAUCUACUCCCCAGAUUAAUUUGAAAUACACUACGAGUCAUUAUUUCAUGCCAUUAAUUCUAAACAAUGGACACAGAUUUGAGCUGUCUCAUUGGAGGGGAGGUCAUUCACGUACUGUUCCUGUUCACAUUCUUGUGUUUCAUGUUAAUGUGCAAGAAUUUCCAUGCAUGCACUCACUGAAUAUUAGGUUUGAGUAGUUAACAGUGUUUUCAGUGAAGAGGAAGAAUAAAGACUUGUUACUGCCAUAGAUGACCACAUCUAUUACAUAGAAACGCUAAUCCCAUAAAGAUCACUAAACACAUUGCCCCACUACUAGAUGAAUUUCCUUCAGCAGAUGUGCAUGCUACAACACCCUCUUGCAUGCAAAGGCCAUUUUUGUAUGCUUCACACCAAAUGCAAGCAUUUUGCCUUAACUGGGUUAUUAUCAAAACAGAAGUAAACAUUAUUUUUGGGUUGCUGCGAGUUUGUGGCCAUGUUCCAGAAGCUUCUGGAGCAUGGCCAUAGAGCCCGGAAAACUCACAGCAACCCAGUUAUUCCAGCCAUGAAAGCCUUCGACGACACAUGAUUAUUUUUGUGAGUCAUUAAUAUAAAAAAUGAAACGACUCUGGCUGUACAGAAGUCCUGUGUCAGAAGUAGCUUUUUGUAAUACAAUGUCAGCAUUCUGUACCCAAGAGACUUUUUCCUCAGGAUUCUAUUUCCAAAGAGAAAAGUUUGUUUUUCUCAUAGACAUUUUUCAUCUCUAAUGCAAAUAGCCUUUACUUUAAAUUCUACUUUGUACCCAAAUAAAUAAAUAAAUCCUUCAAGUCACAAUCAUUCAAAGACAGACAUUGUUUUGUAUAUAUAUAACUUUUCACAAAGGCCAGUAACUUUAAAUUCAUUAAUAUGUAUGUCUAAUGUAUGUGUCGAUGUGUUAACAUUCUAGUAAGUAGUGUAUGUACAGUUGGUAAAUUAAUUCUUUAUUCAGGUGUACACAUUUGUACAAUAAAAUGUGGAUCUACUCUCAAAAUCAUGUUUUUAAAUGUAAAAGUAGUUGUUUACAUGUUGAGAUAAUCUGGUUAGAUCAGUGUUUCUCAACCUUCCUAAUGCCGCGACUCCUUAAUACGGUUCCUCAUGUUGUGGUGACCCUCCAACCAUAACAUUAUUUUUGUUGCUACUUCAUAACUGUAAUUUUGCUACUGUUAUGAAUUGUAAUGUAAAUAUCUGAUAUGCAGGAUGUAUGUUAUUCACUGGACCAAAUGUGGCACAAAUACUCAAUACGCCCACAUUUGAAUACUGGUGGGGUUUGGGGGGUGGGGUGUUGAUUUUGUCAUUUUGGAGUUGUAGUUGCUGGGAUUUAUAGUUCACCUGCAAUCAAAGAGCAUUCUGAACUCCACCAAUGACGGAAUUGAACCAAAUUUGGCACACAGAACUCCCAUGACCAGCAGAAAAUAUUGGAAGAGUUUGAUGGGCAUUGACCUUGAGUUUUGGAGUUGUAGUUCACCUAUAUCCAGAGACCACUGUGGACUCAAACAAUAAUGGAUCUGGACCAAACUUGGCACAAAUACUCAAUAUGCCCAAAUGAAGUUUGGGGAAACUAGCCCCUGACAUUUGGGAGUUGUAGUUGCUGGGAUUUAUAGUUCACCUACAAUCAAAGAGCAUUCUGAAUCCCACCAAUGAUAGAAUAGGGCCAAACUUCCCACACAGGACUCUCAUGACCAACAGAAAAUCCAGUGUUUUAUGCUGGUCUUUGGCAACCCUUCUGACACCCCUUCACGACCCCCUUCCAGGGUUCCCAACCCCCAGGUUAAGAAACACUGGGUUAGAUGUUUCUCUUAACAAACAGCUGUGUCUCAGUUUUUUCAGAAGUGAAUAAUUAAGGUAAUCGCUCAGAACCUGAACAUGGACAAUGUUGUCACAUCAAACUGAAGAAAGUAACAUAUUUUUCAUCCUCUCGUGUUCUGUUUAAUUUACCAUUCAAAAAUUAUUUAUAGUCAGUUUGGAUGUUCACAGGACUCCGGUUUAUCAAAUACCACAUUUAGAAAUAUUAAUCUUUUUUUUUUUUUUUUGGUUUUGUGUUCUUCCUAUAGUGAGAGAAAAUCCAUGCCAAUAUGUAUUUAAAUUAUUCUCUAGGUUUAAAUGUUAAGAAGAUUUCCUUGCUUCGUUGAGAAAAGAGCUAUGUGUUGUUUUAGGUAUUUCAAAAUUGAUAUUAAAACACUCAUUUCUUCCA